AUGACUUCGCCUCCGAACCGCUUCGCAUCGCUCCGGCGAGACGAUGAUCGGUUCUCGUCCAGUGGCCGAUCUGUAGGCAUGCAAGCCUCUCAUCCAGUCCAGUCUUCGAAAUGCAUCACCAUUACUCUUCACGAAUAUCGCGGUCUCCAAGCGACCUCCCAGAAGUACGCCAACUUGAGACAGAAUCUUCUGCGGAGCGGAAAGGUUGACGAGCAGGCCAUCGACCUUCUGAGCCAAGACGACGAGGCCAUUCAAAAGGCCCCGGAUCCUUCUCCGGUAGCUCGAGGUCACGGCGGCUACAACGACGACGGCGGCGCAGCUUUGUACGAUGAUGACGAGCAUUCCACCCGUCGCAACCACUGGGGCCGCUUCCCAACUAACAGCAGGCUCCACAACUACGCCCGGGAUAGAUCCCCGGACGACGACGCUUGGUCCGAGACAGAUUCCACUGCAGGCGACGACCUGAGCCUUCGAGAGCAAGCGCAGAAUGGCAAGGCCGAUUUUGCUUCCCCCUUUGAGCGACAGUGCCUGCGAACUCUGUAUCUCAUGAACAUUGCCGAGGGCACGACCCACGGAGACAUCACGGCGGCCAUCAGGGGCGGUAUUUUGCUCGACAUCUACAUCCGAAGCCAGGAGCGCACGGCCACUGUGUCGUUCUUGCGCGCAGAAGAUGCCCGGUAUUUCUUCGACCAUGUCAAGAAGCACGAUCUCUACAUCAAGAACAAGCGGGUCGACAUCAAAUGGCAGGACCGGCAGUUCGUCCUGGCUGGCCACAUGGCCAACAAGAUCGCUUCGGGCGCUACCCGGAACCUCGUCAUCCGCCGCUGCGAUCCGAGAAUCAAGGAGCAGACCGUCCGCGAGGAUCUCGACCAUAUCCACAACCUCGUGGUGAUCAAGGUCGGGUUUGUCGGCGGUAGCUGCUACAUCCGCACCAAUUCCGUCAACAACGCCAUGUUUGCGAGAACCUGCAUGAUGAGCCGAGCGUUAUACAAGGGAUCGAAGAUCGAGUGGGACGUGGAUGAGUGCGCGCAGCCUUACGACCCUGAGCCUGUCCUGAAGCCGAGACGCAACUCGCAGCCUCGGAAGGCUGCUGCGAACCCGAUGCUCAACCGCUUUCAACUACUGAACCUCGACGACGGAGACGAAGAGGACGAUAUUGCCGCCUCUUUGCAGCAGUCCAAGAAGGUGGUGGACAUUACUGCUUGA